UCACUCAUGCCCGUUGGACUUUGGUUCUGUGGUGCAGAUGGAGCAUAGGACUCAGGUGUCUGGGCCGGAGUGAGCGAAGCCUGAGGCCCAAGAUGGAGAAGAAACGAAGAAAGAAAUGAAAGCCUCUUUUCAGGCCAAACCACAGAAGGCCAUGAAAUUUAACUUUUAUUUACCUUGGACUAGACUGUAAAAUGGCUGAUCAGUAAUGUUUCAGCUUUUAGCUGAAACAAAAAUUAACUUAUAAUCAAGGAAGAAAAAAGUGCGAUUUGAAUUUAUGUGAUUUUAUGACCAUAUUCACUCAUGACCAUGAAGCUUGUCCACAUCUGGCUGCUUCUGCUGGUGGUUUUGCUCUGUGGGAAGAAACAUCUGGGUGACAGACUGGAAAAGAAAUCUUUUGAAAAGGCCCCAUGCCCUGGCUGCUCCCACCUGACCUUGAAGGUGGAGUUCUCCUCAGCAGUUGUGGAAUAUGAGUAUAUCGUGGCCUUCAAUGGGUACUUUACAGCCAAAGCUAGAAAUUCAUUUAUUUCAAGUGCCCUGAAGAGCAGUGCAAUCGACAACUGGAGAAUUAUACCUCGAAACAAUCCAUCCAGUGACUACCCUAGUGAUUUUGAGGUGAUUCAGAUAAAAGAAAAACAGAAAGCGGGGCUGCUAACACUUGAAGAUCAUCCAAACAUCAAACGGGUAACACCCCAACGGAAAGUCUUCCGUUCCCUCAAGUAUACGGAGUCUGACCCCGCCGCGCCCUGCAACGAGACCCGCUGGAGCCAGAAGUGGCAGUCGUCCCGCGCCCUGCGCAGGGCCAGCCUCUCCCUGGGCUCGGGUUUCUGGCACGCCACCGGGAGACACUCGAGUAGACGGCUGCUCCGGGCCAUCCCGCGCCAGGUCGCCCAGACGCUGCAGGCCGACGUGCUGUGGCAGAUGGGCUACACAGGUGCUAACGUAAGGGUUGCCGUUUUUGACACCGGGCUGAGUGAGAAGCAUCCCCACUUCAAAAACGUGAAGGAGAGAACCAACUGGACCAACGAGCGAACCCUGGACGACGGGCUGGGCCACGGCACGUUCGUGGCAGGUGUGAUAGCCAGCAUGAGGGAGUGCCAGGGAUUUGCUCCGGAUGCAGAACUUCAUAUUUUCAGGGUCUUUACCAACAACCAGGUCUCCUACACGUCCUGGUUCCUGGACGCCUUCAACUACGCCAUCCUGAAGAAGAUCGACGUGCUGAACCUGAGCAUCGGGGGCCCCGACUUCAUGGACCACCCGUUCGUGGACAAGGUGUGGGAAUUAACAGCUAACAACGUCAUCAUGGUUUCCGCUAUUGGCAAUGAUGGGCCUCUUUAUGGCACUCUGAAUAACCCUGCCGACCAGAUGGAUGUGAUCGGAGUGGGCGGCAUCGACUUUGAGGACAACAUCGCCCGCUUCUCGUCGCGGGGAAUGACCACCUGGGAGCUGCCAGGAGGCUAUGGCCGCAUGAAGCCUGACAUUGUCACCUACGGCGCUGGAGUGAGGGGCUCCGGCGUGAAAGGCGGGUGCCGGGCGCUCUCGGGGACCAGUGUGGCUUCUCCAGUGGUGGCGGGCGCUGUCACCUUGCUGGUGAGCACAGUCCAGAGACGGGAGCUGGUGAAUCCGGCCAGCAUGAAGCAGGCCCUGAUUGCAGCAGCCCGGAGGCUGCCCGGCGUGAAUAUGUUUGAACAAGGCCACGGCAAGCUGGACCUCCUCAGAGCCUACCAGAUCCUCAGCAGCUACAAGCCACAGGCCAGGUCGGUGUGCUUUCCUUUUGAACAGGCCUCCUUCCUCUGCACCGGGCUCCUCGGCACCGAGCAUUAGUCCCCACAUGGAACCAGCCCCAG